AUGGCUGAACCACCGGCUGCUAAACCUCUUUGGGAGUAUGGUGUACCGGAUGCAACUACCGGUGCAAUGUCUAGCAUUCUUAGACCUGCAAUUACUGCAACACACUUCGAACUAAAACCUCAGUUUAUUCAGUUCAUCUCCAAUGAUUCCUUUUCAGGGGGAGUCAAUGAUUGUCCUAUUAAUCAUAUUGACAGUUUUCUAGAGAAGUGUGACACUUUUAAGAUUAAUAAUGUGAGUGAUGAUGCAAUUAGACUUCGCCUUUUUCCUUUUUCUCUGAGGGAUAGGGCAAAGGAAUGGCUAAAAGAUGAAGGCAUUAAUACUUUUGAUUCCUGGGACAAGCUAGUAAAGGCAUUUUUGGCCAAGUUCAAGCGUCUACAGAGAAAGUGCCCUCAUCAUGGAAUUCAAGAGUGGCUAUUGAUUCAGACCUUCUACAAUGGGUUGACGCAUGAGUACAGGAUUUACAUUGACGCUGCGUCGGGCGGUAAGUUUAUUGAAAAGGUCCCUAUUGAGGCUAAGGCAUUACUUGGGAAGAUGGCUGCUAAUGAUAACUUUCACUCAGGUGGGAGAAACAAUGCAAAGAAAGGAGGUAAACAUGACGUUGAUGCAAUGACGCUCUUGACUAGUACUGUGCAGGCUUUGUCACUUAAGAUUGAUCAACUUCGAGCAGGGCCAUCUGUGGUAGCAUCUUGUGAAACAUGUGGAGUACAAGGACAUAUUGCAAGUGAGUGUCAAUAUGUUGAAAUGUUAAUGGAGCAAGCUAACGCUCUCUAUAAUAACAACCAACAAAGGAGACCCUAUGAUCCCUACUCUAACACUUACAAUGAAGGUUUUCAAAAUAGACCACCCUUCAAUCAUCAAAACUACAAUCAACAGCCUCCCCCACCACAACCACAACCGCAACCCAAGUCCAAUCUGGAAGCUUUGGUUGAAACUUUUGUAGCCUUACAGGCUAAGCAAGACAAGUAUUGGGAAGAGCAGUUGAAACAGAAUAGUCUCCUUACUGCUACAGUUCAACAGAUUCAAGCUCAAACCAAGCUCAUGGAGAAUCAGAUAAGCCAACUUGCUCAACAAGUGGGUCAAUCUUCAAAGGUUCCGGGUCACUUUCCUGGUAACACCGAGCAACCACCUAAGGGUCAAGUUAAUGUUGUAACUUUGAGGAAUGGUAGAGAGCUAGAAGACCUUCCACCGAAGGUAGUUCAAAAGAAAGCAGUUGCAGUAGAGGAAGAGAUGGUUGAAGCUCAAAAGAUGAUAGAAAAGGAGAAAAUUGAAGAGAAGAAGGAGCCCAUUGUCAUUAAACCUUACAAGCCACCUGUACCUUUCCCACAAUGA